AUGGAGAGACUCCAUAUUGCAAUAGCUGGAAUCAGUGAGAUGAGGUGGUCUAGCAGUGGGGAAACAACAACAUCAAAUAGCAAUCUAGUCCUUCACAGUGGCAAGCGCAUAAAAAAGACACUGCACUCCUGGGCACCCAUUUCUGAUAGACUCAUGACAGCCAGAUUCAGAUGUAGAGCUAGACAUAUAAAAUUCAUACAAUGCUAUGCCCCGACGGAAGACGCCAAAGACGACACCAAGGACGACUUAUAUACUGCCCUCACAGCAACCCUCAACAAGCUACGGCAAGGUGACAUUAACAUCCUCAUGGGUGACUUCAAUGCAAAAAUUGGCCCCAACAACACCGGAUAA